AUGCACAUCUCCGAAAUGACUUGCACUCGCAUCCAUAUCGCCAUCCUCGUGUGUGAUACGCCUAUCCAGCCUAUUGUCACAAAGUAUGGCGACUACUUCGCAAUAUUCCAAGAUCUUCUGAGGCAAGGCUUCAAAGACUUGCAAACAUCCGAAAAGUGCAAAGAUAUCACGGUGGAAUUUAGUGAACACCACAUGGUGGAUGAUAACCGAUUUCUUGAUGCAGAGAAAGUCGACGCCGUUCUUUUGACUGGAAGCAAGCACGAUGCCUGGGCUGAUGAUCAGUGGAUCUGUGAUCUCACAAGCAACAUUCGUGAGACCGUUUUGACACACAAGAAGCCCGUGGUUGGGAUUUGCUUCGGACAUCAAAUUCUUGCGCGGGCACUGGGAGCCCAAGUUGGGAGAAACGAAACUGGAUGGGAGGUUUCUGCCGAGAAGCUCGCCCUAACUGAGGCUGGGAAGACACUGUUUGGAAAGGAUACACUGGCAAGUGAAGAAACACCCGAACAAGCUCAAAUUGCGGGAGAUUCUGAUUGA